AUGGACAAUAACUCCGAAGAUGAAAACCGAUCCACGGAUUCGAAUCCGGGUGAGUUGAAGAAUGGGAGAGGGAUUUGAGUGGUCAUUUGAAUACGCAGAUAUCAUUUUGAACACCUUUGGGGGGAUAAAGUUGUAAAUUCAUGAUGAUUAAUGUCAUUAAAUCCAUGUUUUGGUCUGAAAUGAGGGCUCAAACAGAUUGCUUUUUAAUUUUUUUGUUGUCUGUUACCGUUUUAGGCAAUUUUCAAGCAUCUUACAACCAAAUAAAUGGUUAGAACAGAAUGCCAAAAAUGGCGGGAAAAACUGAAAUUCGAAUUUUUAGAUCGGUUGGGCAUAGAAAUUCCAUUAGAAAAGUUUUUUGAGAAUUUUUCUCCCCAACGACCCUUGAAACAGAAUGUCAAAAUUUCCAAAAAAGGAAUUUUUUCGAAUUUUUGAAACCUUCUGAUACCCGAAUAUUGAGAGAAUAAUACAGCGACAUACCUUCUAAUUCCAAAAAUCCUUUCAGACAUAAGCGCCGCCUCCAACGAUGACAUGUCCACCACAUUGAGAUCCAAAGCCCUGAGUCACUUCAAAGUGGAAUCCGUGGACGAAUCCAGCCUCAGUCAAACCAGUCUGCAGAGUAUGGACGGGAUUGAGGAAUUGGACGAAGACCACGAUGUUGUGGAGGGGAAUGAUGUAAAUAGUAAUUACAAUACGAAAACAAGUGGAAUUCGAGUAAGUCCACUAUUUAUUAAUUUAAAUCGUAAUUCUAGCCCAAGUUUUCGUUGACUGUGGAAGAUGAGAAUGGGGAUACUGUAACCACAUUGAACAGGUGAGUUUUUUGCAAGAUUUCCAAAAAAUUUUAUUAUCGCAGCACAUUUUGACAUCUUUUGAACUCUUUUUCUUCGAUUUUCUAUUACGCAAAAAAAUGUCAUCAUGACGGAUUUUUUGAAAUUUUCAAUUUUUUGCUCAAAAAUCAUUUUUUUUGCAAAAAGCAUAGUUUGAAACCCAUUUUUUCAGCGUUGGCAAUGCGAAUACCCUGGACCGCCCUCCCAAUAUUGACCAUUACCGUAUGACUGUCCAGCAAAUGAAGAAUCGCCCCAGUAUGCUCCAACUAAUGCACACGAAACCGUCCUCAUUCGAUCGACGCCUCAACGAAGAGGGCACGUCCAACAAAGGCAACUCGAUCAACUCGGACCAUCCCGAUCUGGAGACAUUCCAGCCCUCGGAACGGUCGAAAAAGGAUCAAAAAGUGAAGUUGGGCGCCUUCGAAGGGGUUUAUAUCCCAUCCUUCACGAAUAUCGUCGGAACGUUGCUGUACAUUCGUAUGGGAUGGGUGACGGGGAAUGCUGGGAUCCUCGGCGGGCUGGGAAUUGUGACGUUCUCGACGUUUGUGAUAUCUAUCACUGCCCUUUCGUUGGCCGGCAUCUGUUCGAAUGGCCAACAGAGAAAAGGCGGGGUUUACUACGUCGUAUCCAGGUAAAUUUUUAAAAUUUUUAUAGCUGUCGACUUUGCUUUUACAUGUCCUUUCUCGUUAUAACAAAAAAAUCACCAAAGGCGGAGUAUUAGCGAUGAGGAGAAGACUUGACUCAAAAUGGGUCAAGUCUUCUUCUCGAUCAGAAAUCGUCUUUUCCACCGAAGAAAAGUUUGUAAUAGAUAAAAGGCGUCAUAAAUUAAUUUUUCCUGCUAAUGUCUUAAAUCUGCAAGUAUGAAAAUGCGUCAUAACGACAUAUUUUUGUUGAAGCUUUGAUUAAAAAUUCUCAAUUCUCCCCAAAAAUCCCAGAAAACUGUUAUAACGAGAAGGGACGGUUGCCUAACUCUUAUCUCCAGGCUGUUUUGAUUUCAUUCAGAGCUUUAGGACCUCAGUUUGGCGGCGUCAUUGGGGUCAUCUUCUCUUUGGCCAAUGUGGGAAUGGCGGCGCUUUAUAUUGUGGGAAACUCCGAGUUCAUUGUGGAUUUAAUGAUCGAUAAUCAGUAUGAGCUGGUCACCGGAGACAAGUACAACGACAUUCGACUGUUUUCGGUUGGUAAGUAAGGAGGUCUUGUCCGAAAUUUGAGGGGAAUUUACGACAAUGACAAAAGAAGUGGCUAAAAUAUUAGGUUGGGACGAAAGUUUUCCCCUUUUUCUUGUUUUUUUCCAAACAAAUUUAUUUUGACAGUUGUAACGGGAAACCAAACAUAACAUCCACCGUCGGUAUCCACUACGUAUUGCCAACGUUCCGUCAAGGAUUCAAUUGGCGAGCUUAAAAACUGGGGUAUUUAUAAUAAAAAAUGUCAGAAAGACCUGUUUUGAGGUCCCCGAAACAAUCGAACCGCACAUCUCUCAAACGGUAGCUUAGCGAUCUGAUCAAAUGGUAAUCAGAAGGUGCCAAGGCUGGGGUGUAGUGUGGGUAGGGCAGCAAAGGUCAUGCAUUCUCCCUGAAUUUUUUGCGAGCGAUUUUUGCAAUGAGGUACCAGGCGUUGUCGUGAAGGAGGAAGAUUUGUUCCAUUUUUCUCUAGCAUUUUGGGCGAAGCGGUCCAACUGGCGAUAAUUCUGUUAUUUAGUGACAGUUUUACCAUCAGGGAGCCAUUCCUAAUAAAUACCUCCCAUACCAGUCCACCAAUCGGACAACAUAAUCUUUUUUGGGUGAAUUUAGGUUUUGGGGUUAGUUCGCCGUGAUGGUCGGGUUCAAGCUACUGAAGCUUGCGGGUAUGGUUUACAUACAUCACCCACUUCUGGUUCCCUGUAAUGAUAUUGGUCAGCCAAGUCAGCCUGCGGCGGUACGACAAAAAUUAGGAGCAACAGUAUAAGCCGUGACUCCGAAAGUUCUUGCGGAACAAAUUAACCACACUUCCACACUUUUCCCAACCGAUGUAGAUGGUCCAUAAUGGUAGUAUGGGAGAACCCAAAGAGCUCUCCAAGUUCACGUAAUGGCAAUUUGGGAUAGCUCACGAUUAAGCCUUUUAGGGCGUCAUCAUCUAUCUCAGAUGGCCGCCAGAACUUGGUCGCCUAACUCCUUUUUUUGAACCUCUGGAACCAAUACUUGGCCACGCCAUAAAAGAGGACGUCCUUGCCUAUAACAUCCUAGACUUCGGUUAUAUCUUCCAUGGGUUUUGGUAUUCUGCAAUAGUUUUAAAAUUUGACGCAUCGAAACAGCAACUUUGGGACGGAAAUUUUUCCGCGUUUGGAGAGCGCUAUGGGGACAAGUUACAUAUCAGUCUAUAUGCUAUCAAGUCACCCUUACAUAGUCACAUGAUAGAACUUUCCAGGAAGUUCCACAACUUCCAUAACUUUUCCCGAAAAUUAAGGGGAAAACUUUCGUCCCAACCUAAUAAUAUGAAUAGCUAUAGCUUGUCGAAAGGGCAAAGAUUGAACCUAAAAACCGUCUCAUUAUUUUCAGUACUCUGCAUAGUUCUUAUGCUGAUCGCUUUUGCCGGCCCAAAGGUAGAAAAUGGCUUCACUUUGAUCUUCUUUUCCACCUACUACAUCAGCUAUUUCAACUGGCUGAUUGGGACGUUCAUUCCGCCGGAUGAGGAGCAAAUGAAGAAAGGAGUUACCGGCUACAGUUGGCGCACCGUCGAGAUGAACCUGUUGCCCGAGGAUGGGACCACAUGGAAUACGAUUAUCUCGACUUUUACCGUGUUCUUCCCCGGUUUCACGGGAAUGCUGGCUGCUUGUAUGUAUGUGGAUGAGCUCCGAAAUCCGGGAAGGGAUGUGCCCCGGGGGCUUUUUUCUUGCAUUGUCAGCACUUUUGUGAUGUAUGUGGCGGCGGUGAUUGCGUGCGGAGCCAGUGUUUUGCGGCAUGCGACGGGGACGGACUUGCCGGUUGUGGAUAAUGCAACGGGCUUGUGGUUUGUGCCGAAUUGUACGCUGCUAAAUUGUGAUGCCGGAUUGAAUCAUGACCAUCAAGUAAGUUGGGUUGACUCUAAUGCAUUUGGGUUACGUUCCUUGGGAAUUUUGAAAUAUUUCCAAAAAAUGUGUCAUGAUGACACUUUUUGAAUUUACAGUAGCGAAAAAAUUGAAAGUGUAAAUUAAACGUAUAUCAUAUGUGCGUAUUGCCAAAAAUGCUUUGUAUGGCGUCAUCAUCUUAUCUAUUUAGUUAUGACCUGAGGAUGACGGAUUUUCUGGACAUUUUAAAAAACGAUGAUUUUUGGCAACUCUAGGCGACAUUUUAUAGAAUUUUUAUUGUUCUGGUGUAAAAUGGGCUUUAUUAUGUCUUAAAAACUAUUUUUCUAAUUUUUCUAACCACUUUCAGGUAGCCAAAUUGACGUCCGCUUGGCCCCCACUAAUUGUGAUCGGGAUGUUCGGAAUGACCAUCUCCUCCACCAUGACCAACCUCGACCAAGGCCCCAUAACCUUUCACGCCGCUUGCAAGGACCGUAUCUUCCCCUACACCAAAUAUUUUGCCGCCGAUGUGAAGCGUCCGUACGUUAUGUUGGCCACAAUGACAGCUCUUCUCACGUUGAUCGGAGACCUCGACCUGAUCGACGAGAUUGUGACCGCCAUGUUCAUGGCCAUCUAUGUGGUGGUGAACUAUGCGUGUUUUGACGCGUCGUUUGCCCGAACUCCCGGCUGGCGACCAAUGUUUCCCUACUACAACAUGUGGGUGUCGUUGUUUGGUGCGCUGUUGUGUAUCGGGGUCAUGUUCGUGGUGUCGUUGCCGUCGUCGAUAGUGAUUUUUGUGCUGUUUGGGUGUUGUUUGGCGUACUUUCAUUAUUUCCAUCCGGGUGAGUGUCCUGUUUUCAGGUUUUGGCAAGAUUUUGAAGAAUUCUAAAAAAUGUGUCAUCAUGACGUUGGAAAAAUCGCUGAAAACGGUCUUUGACAUUUAGAAAAUUUACAAAUUAUUUGAUUCCGAGUCAAGUCAACAAAAAGUAUUCUGAAAAAUUUAAAAAAAUCUGUCAUAAUGAGUGUCAUGAUGACAUAAUUUCUCGAUUUUUUUGAGUUUGAUUAUGACAAUUUUUCAAUACAUCCAGUGGGUUCGAUAAGUGCAGUACUUGGCAUAAAAUUUCAAAAUUUUAUAAAAUAAACUAUGUCACGAUGACGGAUUUUUUGGAAAUUCCGAAAAAUCGUCAUUUCUUUGCUAAAUUUCAUGCUGUAAAACGUCCAGGAGCCCAGGAUUCCUGUCUUUUUAUGUGACUAAGGAUGAUAAAAAAAAUUUUAAAUAUAAAAUUUAAUUUAUAUUAAUUUAGAGGUCAACUGGGGAGAUACAAAUCAAGCCCACAUGUAUCGAAACGCCUUGACCUCGCUGCAAAAGCUCACUUAUACCGAGAUCCACGUCAAAAACUAUCGACCGCAGAUCCUGCUGAUGAGCGGCAACCCUGCCAGUCGAGUGGGUCUACUCGACUUUGCACAUGGCAUCACUAAAGGCGACUCACUUUUGAUGUGUGUCCAUAUUGUCCCAGUAAGUCGAGAUCCUUAUUUCUGUAAUCCUCAAAUUUUACAGUACCCGCAGAUCGAGAGAGUAUUCGAGAUUCUUCGAUUAUUGGUCCGAGAAAUCGAAUCUUGGCUGAAAGAGUCGCGGCUCAAAGCGUUUUAUGUGAAUUUGGCGAACUUGAACCUCCGAACCGGCAUGCAGAACGUCUUCCAAUUGGCUGGAUUGGGAAAAUUGAAGCCUAAUGUGCUGCUGAUUGGGUUCAAAUCGGAUUGGAAGCGGCUGGAGAAGAAGGAUGUGAAGCAGGUCAACGAUUACGUGGGAAUACUACGGUAGGUGGAGAGUGUAAUAUAAUUUUUGAAAUUUGAAGUUUGGAAAAUCCUACUAAAGAGCUCUGGGAUACCUGAAGAAUUUUAUUUGUUAAAGUUUCGGCGAAGACCGUCUUUUUUUGCGAAUUUUGGCCAAAAUUUUAUGUUUUUUUGGUGGAUGACAUCAAUUGGUAUCUUGGAAUUCCAUAUAAAGCUGUCAAAAGACUUACUGACUACCUUUUGGUCCUGUAUAGACAUCUUUUGAGCUUUUCGUUUCAUCGUUUCGCCGAUUUCUUUUGGAAAUUCCAGAAAAUACGUCAUCAUGACACAUUUUCAGACGAACUGUUCGGAGUAUUUUGCAGUGAAUUAUAGUUUAGUAGACAGCAGACUUUCUACAGAAAUUUAUUUACUCCAUCAGUUAGUAUUCGUAAAAAGUUAUGGCACGUCGAUGACGGAUUUUCUGGAUUUUUUGAAAAAGUUAUCUGGAGUUUCAAAAACUGGAAAAAAGUUAUGCCAUUCAUUUUCAGAGAUGCGUUUGAAAACAACUAUGGAGUUGGGAUCCUCCGAAACGGCGAAGAAGGCUUUGACUUGUCCGAUGCCCUCCUCGAAAGUGAUAUUGUAGACCCUCAUGAACUCCGAAGAGCGGUCGAAAGUCGAGUCCACAUUGACGACGAUCUAGUUACCGAACCCAGCGAGCAGGUCUCGGAGUUAUUCGAGCCCACUCACGUUGUUCAUCGACAUAUCAACCGGAAACAUGGGGUUCAUCUUCCCCACAUUCCACAUCAUCAUGAAGGCGAUGGAAAGGAGGGAGAGAAUGUCAAAACAAGUGAGUUGAGGGUUACUAAGGAAUUCGAUAAAUUUUAUGGCCAAAAAUUGAUAUUUUAUCGACUUUCCUCCUUUCGAAAGGUAAAACAAAAAGUUUUUGAAGCGUAGCAGCGUGGCGCAGUGGAAGCGUGCUGGGCCCAUAACCCAGAGGUCGGUGGAUCGAAACCACUCGCUGCUAAUCUUGUUUUUCUUCGUUUUUUUGUGGCUUUUUGUAAUUUUUAGCUUUAAAAACAUAAUGGAUAAUAAAAUUGGGAUCUGAGUGGACCAGAAAUUAUGUAAAUUUACUUUAGACAUCAAAUUUAAAGCUAAAAUUUUGCGAUUUUCAGAGUUUUUCUCGGAUCGUUGGAUGUUUUCGUUAAAUCACAAGGUCUAUGAUGCCAAUCCAAACAAAGUGCCCGUCAAUUUGUCCCUCGAUGAUCUACAUGUCAGAUCGACGAGGCGGGUCAGCGAGGCGUUUGACAUCCCCGCCUUUAUGCAGCAUUAUCACGACAAUAAAGAGAAACAGAAGGGACUGGCGGACAAGAUGAACGCGUUUCAUCGGAAAACACCACAGGCUCGGAUCGAUGUCUGGUGGUUGUAUGACGAUGGUGGACUGACAUUGCUAUUACCUCAUCUAUUAAGACUGCCAAAGAGCUAUUUGGAGGUGGGGGUUUUUUUUAGAUUUUGGAUGAUUUUAGUGAUGAAAACUGCGAAUUUGAGGAUUUUUCGACCAAAAUUUUUAUUUUUUGCAAUUUAAAAAGCUUUCUGCUACUGUGUAAGGGCUGGGCUGUUUAUCCGAUUUGCAAUAAAAAUUUUAAUCAAAAAUUCGUUCAGGGUGCCCAACUCCGUGUCAUAACAUUAAGUGGAAAUGCCAACGCAGUCGACGAAAAAUCGAUGCUAACUUUGAUGGCCAAGUUUCGAAUCGAGUGUAACUCGGUGAAAGUGCUCGAAAUUUCGAAUCAAAAACUCCAUCCGGAUAUCACACGGAAGUUCAACACUCUAGUGAAUAAAUGGAAGCAUAAAAAUGAAGAUGGCCCGGCUCCUUCGGAUGGGUGUAUCACCGAACAGGAGCUGAUUACGCAUAAAAGAAAGACCUACAGACAGCUGAUUACUCAUCAAUUACUUGUCAAGGUGAGAAAUAUUAUAAGCUAUUCGGAUCACAAAAUGUUUUCGUGCCGGGACACAAUUUUUUUAUAAAACUUGAAUUUUUGCCCAGAUUUCCAAAAAUGAUGAGUAAUAUUGAUCAAAAAUAUCAUGCUAAAAAAGUAUAUACGAUAAUUUCAGUUAUUGGGCUUAUGAAAUUCGAAAAUUUGCAUAAUAUCUCAAAAAAUUUUGGUCUCGCCACGAAAACAUCACAAGCUAUUUCCGAGUUAAAAAAUCCGUUUUUCAGCACUCAUUCGACGCCUCAUUGAUAGUGGUGACAUUGCCAGUGCCUCAAGAAAACAUUGGGAGUUGUUUGUACAUGUCUUGGUUGGACCUGAUGACCUCCGACCUCCCUCCAACAUUGUUGGUCCGAGGAAAUCAGACCUCCGUCUUGACUUUCUAUUCAUAG